AUGACUUUUGGAAGAACCAAAACGCUGCUGUCCUUCAACUACUGUCUUCACGGUGCGCAACUGGAUAGGACCCUAUCGAUUAAGGAUCUUGGAGUUUAUCUCACACCUUGCUUGGAUCCUGGACUUCACAUUGCGAAAAUUUGUUCCAAAGCUAAUUCUGUUCUUGGGUUGAUAGCCCGGUCUUCUAGAGGUUCUCUAACUACAGCAUCAGUGAAGUUCUUGUACAACUCUCUUGUCCGUCCCAUCUUGGAGUAUGCUUCUCCUGUGUGGUCACCUCAUCAGGUUGGCCACUGUAACUCCCUGAAUAUGGUCCAGAGGCGCUUUCUCCGGCGCUUGGUGUCAGAGAUGGCACCUUCACGUGAACGUCCACGUGAUCGCAGUGGACCACCGUGUGCUUUCACUCAAAUCACGAAGAGCCGCUUUUUUUAUCUUCUACUACUCUUCAAGAUCAUCAAUGGUCAGGUGGACAGUCCUGAACUACUUGAAAUGAUUAACUUCCAUGUCCCAGUCUCCACCCGGAGAUCUCGACCCUUCUACAAGCAUCACCAGCCGACUGCCUACGCUUACCAUUGCACAGUUCCCCGUUUACAUCGCCUGGGAAAUGCAGCUCAACUUGAGUUCUUCGGGUCUUCCUUGCCACUCUUUAGGAGAAUAGAAAACUUUUUAAUAUUAAAAUACUAG